CCCUCCAAAUCAUUGGAUUCAGGUGUUCCAAUCCUCUCCAAAUCAUUGAAUUCAGGUGCUCCAAUCACCUCCAUGGCCACAGGUUUAUAAAAUCAAGCAAGUAGGCUUGCAAACUGCUUCUACAAACAUUUGUGAAAGAAUGGGUCACUCUCAGGAGCUCAGUGAAUUCAAGCACAGUACCGUGAUAGAUUGCCACCUGUGCAAUAAGUCCAUCUGUGAAAUUUCCUUGCUACUAAAUAUUCCACGGUCAACUGUUAGUGGUAUUAUAACAAAGUGACAGGAACUGGGAACAACAGAAACUCAGCCA